AUGGUUCUUGAGUGUGUUCAUAUGGCGGUGGAGUUCAGUGUACGAGACUUCAGCGUCGGCUUUGCCUUGUGCUUCUUCAUCGGAGCCCUUAUAAGCUGCGUUAAGAAAGGGGGCGUGUUAACUUGGAGCUUUAGGGAGAAUCCACAGACAGAGCAACCCUCCUCCGAUCCGGCGGCGGCCGAUAACGUUGAUCUCCCUCUGGAGGAUGCCACUAUCGCUCUCGAUGCGAUUACGGUUGUGAUGUGA